AUGUUCAGGUCAACAAAUCCUGAGCAGACCUACGUUUCUCUGAUCCACCAGAACAGUAACUACUACGCAAGCUGGGAUCCUGCCAGAUUGGUACGGGUGGGUGAUUAUGGUCACCUACAAGCCGACGGAUCAUUCGCGACGGAGGGUAACAUCUUCAGCAAAGGAUGGGCAGCAGAAUUUGGCGUUGUAGAGAUUCGCGGACCCACCAAUAGUACUGUUUGCAUUCAGUCUUCCGACGUCGAAGAAGUACGGGGAACCGCCGCCGGCAGCAUAGGCGCAAGCUGGGCUCACAGAGUAACCGCGAAGAAGACAUUCAUCAUUAGGCGUAGCCACGGUGCCAUCCUCAUCAUGCUCGAACCGCAAUAUACCCAGCUCUCUCCUCCUGGGACCCUCAAGGAUCUCGUCUAUUCAACAGCCCUCAAGAAACGCCACCUCUUGGUCAGCGAGCUCUACAGUUGCGCUUCCUACGCACGUCUGCUCGCCCCACGACAAGAACACGUCGUGAACAUCAGCUUGGAAGGCGAAGCACACCAACGCCUCUUCCAUGGCAGGGCGGAGGCCGAAUGGCGACAUACUGCGGAUGGCGGCGACUUCAGGUGCGGCGUACAACAGGGCGGAGAUGUCGCGUUUACACCGCUCUUUCGACUGGUCGGGCGAAAGACGUUUCGCAAGCUGCCCAUCACCGAACUAGCACGACCCACAUGGAGGCGUGUUGUCGCCGCCGCUGGACCACAGAACCGCGUUCCAUCCCCCAGAGGCUCCUUCCGGAGUGAUGAGAUUAAAGACCAUGAGGAUGAACCGGAGUAUGAAGAGGUGCAAGGACGAUGA